GUGUGUUAAGUUGUGUUGCGUCGGAGUAUCUCGCAGGAGUGUACAGUAGAGACACUGUGCUUGUCGGCCAUGGCGAUUGCCGGAAUCCUGCUCGCUGUCUUAGCUGUGGGGCUGCUCGCUUACUACGUCAUCAAGGCGGCCUAUGACAAGCCCCCCAACUUCCCGCCAGGUCCCCCUAGAAUACCAAUAUGGGGCAGCUACAUCCAGCUGCUUCUGGAGAACUACAAGUUCCCGUAUAAAGUGAUGCACGCCUUCACGCGCCGCUACAAGUCCAAACUAGUGGGCUUCUACUUUGGACCUCUUCCCGUGGUGGUCAUCAGUGACUACGAGGCCGCCAAGGAGGCCUUGAACAACCCCGCUCUGCAGGGCCGGAUAUCCAAUAUCGCCAUCAAGCACAGAAUGCCACAUAAGGAACUUGGCAUCAACUUCCUGGAGGGCGAGGAGGCGAUGGAGCAGCGCCGCUUCAUGCUGAGGUACCUGCGAGACUUCGGCUUCGGGCGGCGAUCCGACCGACUGGAAGCGGAGAUCGAGUCGGAGAUGAGGGAGCUGGUGGAGCUCAUCCGCUGUGGGACCGGAGACAAGGCUGUGAUGCAACCAUCAUCAUACGGAGAAGGCUGCCGGCGUGUGCUGCUGCCCGACGCGCUGUUCCCCGGCUUCAUCAAUGGCUUCAUGCCAGUGGUGGCUGGCAGCCGGCUGCCACGAUCCGCUGACGGGACGUGCCGCCAUCUUGGACUGGCAGGCCUGCAGGCAGCCAGGGCUGGGGACGCCACGGGUGGUUUCCUCACGCUGCACCCCACACUCAGCAGCAUCGCCCCCAAGAUGUCCGGCUACUGGGACACGGUCGAGUCAGCCGAGAAGAUCCUGGGCUACUUCCGCAAAGUCAUCCAAGAACACGAGAAGACAUACUCUGAUGACCACAUGAGGGACUUCAUCGACAGGUACCUCAAGGAGAUAAAGGAGAGAACUGGCGAACCCAGCACUUACUCCACCGACCAGCUGGCCGUCAUGAUGUUCGACACGUUCCUGCCCUCGUCCAUGGUGCAGUCCACGGUGCUCACCUGGGCCCUCAUGUACGUCGCCUACUUCCCCGAGGUGCAGAAGCGGGUGCAGCAGGAGCUUGACUCCGUCAUCGGGCCUUCCAGGCUGCCCAACCUCAACGACCGCCCAAACUUGCCCUACACGGAGGCGACGCUACGUGAGACGAUGAGGUUCCAGACGCUGCUGCCGAUCGGAAUUCCCCACAUGGCGCUGGACGACGCCCAGGUCAAGGGCUACAACAUUCCCAAGGGAACCGUAGUGGUGACCAACCUGUGGAGCAUGCACAUGGACAAGGACGUGUGGGGAGACCCAGAUAGGUUCAGGCCAGACAGGUUCAUCGGCCCAGACGGGAAGAUCACCACCAAGGACUACACUCUGCCGUUCAGCACUGGCAAGCGCGUGUGCCCCGGGGAGACGUUCGCGCGGCAGAACAUGUUCCUGAUGCUGGCGACGAUCCUGCAGAACUUCUUCAUCCGGUCGGACGGGGUGCCGCCGCCCUGCAUCAGCAACAUCCCGGGGGUGGUCGAGACGCCGCCCGCUCUGUGGGUCGAAUUCCAGGCCCGAUAGGUGCACCCUGCACUCCACUCCAGGCUAACAAACAGCACCGCCUGUCUCACAACCCAGGCAGAAGGCGCAUACGUGUUAAAAAAUACUGUCACUUUACAGAGAACAAAAACAGUUUUCCAUGACAUCAAAUAUGGAAAUAUUAGCCUUAUUGCUAGCAAACAGAUUCUGUUUCUGUAUUGCUUUCUUAUAUAUAGGAGGCAUGACUUUUUCAAGUAUGUAUCCUUUGUUUAACAAAAAAAAAAACACACACACAUGUGAAUUGUAAAACAUUUUAUC